AUGGCACCAACAUUUCCAAAGCCAAUCAAAAUCAUAUUCUUAUCAAUAUUACUUUUGAUAAAAAUCAAAAUCACCUACGGUCAACCAAAUCAAUCAAUCUUAGUCUUCUAUAUGCAAGAUGUCGGAAAAGGACCUAAUGCAACUGUUUUGCCAAUUAUCGGUAUCAAAGAUAAAGUCUGGUCCUACAAUACAUUUGGAACAAUAUUUGCAGUUGAUGAUCCGAUUACAUUAACUUCUAGUCCAACUUCAACUCAAAUUGGAAGCGCUCAAGGUAUAAUUACAGUAACUUCUCAAGAUGGUGCAAAUGUGAAUAUAAUUUUAUCAAUUGUGUUCAACAAUGCUCAAUACAGUCGAAGCACUUUAGAAAUUCAAGGUACCAGUCGUCAACAUGAGAAUUUAAGAGAACUCAGUGUUGUGGGCGGAACAGGAAGAUUUCGAUUUGCAAGGGGAUUCAUUGUGUUUGAAACUAUAUCUUAUGAUGCCUCAAAUAAUCAAUCGAUUAUUCGAUUGACUAUAACUUUAGAAACACCAUAA